CUUGUUAAGUUAUGUGUACAGUUUAUCUUUGGAAGUUUAAUGAUUUGUGACAGUUCCCCGAAAGCUCAGUGUCUGUUUUGACGUUGACUUUACGUCCUUGCAAACGUGUUCACGUGAAUUUUUAAUGAACCAACUUGUAGCUAAUUAGCAUAGCAUUAGCGUUUUAGCAUCAUUUAGCUACAUGAGUGGCUCGGUGCUUGUGUACCAUGCUGGAGGAGCCAGGGACGGGAGAAAAAUCGCGGUUUGAUCCGUCUGUGAACAGUCACAGACCCGCAUCAGGAAAGUCACAGGACAUUUCUCAUGUGUUGGCAAGCAUUUUUACGGACCUGUAUACAAGAGACAUAAUUGGCAAAGACACUUUGUCCAACCUCAUCAAGACAAGGAAUGGAAGAAGCAGCUACCAUGACAAAUAUGUGGAAGAGCUUCAACAGGCUCAUUCUGAAUACAACCAGCGUAUAAAAGAGGCUGACAUGCUGGAGAGUCAUAUAAUUCAAGCCAGAGCUCGGGCUGCAGCCAUAGAAAGUCAGGCCUAUGAGAGAAUGAAAGAAGAGAUGCAAGAUGUUUGGGAUCACCAAAGCCUCCUUACAGUCAAAUCGGCUUUUCCCUGGUGUGUGGACAAAGAUCUCCUCGAAAUGAACAACCUGAUUUCCCCUCAGGACUACUUACCUCCACAAAAACCACAUGUGGAAGCACCAGCAGCAAUAAAAUCGAAUCCUGGCAGACCCACCAUCGCCUCCGCCAUGCGCGCAUCCAGGGAGCCUCAGGAUGAUGGUUAUACUCUAAUGCCCAGCCCAGAAAAGAAAAUGAAUGAGUCAGAUCUCAGCCUGACGCUGGAAUCCAGCUCAGAUACCCCAAAGAGGAAGAAAACUCCCCAGGAGGAGCCAAACAAGACCAAACCUAGACCAAAGUGGAAGGAUGAGCCAAGCGCUAAGGAUCGGGCAGAAGGAUGGGAGACACUUCAAAAGCUUAAAGAUCGACGCAGCUUCCUACGCAAUCCUCGCUUCCUUCUUCCGAAUGCACAGCAGGGCGGUACAUCCCUCAUCCGGGCCAGAGCCAAAGUGGGGAAGACAGAGAGUGUGAGGAAAGGGGUGGAGGAGCAGAGCUCCACUGAUGGUCCCGUGCCAGUCUUCAUUGCAAAACCCUCAGUGGUGGUUUUCACUGACUACAGUGUGGGACAUGUUUAUGAGACUACACUGGAGCUGAAGAACUUGACUUCUGCAAGCCGCACGGUCCGUGUCAUCCCUCCUACCACACCCUACUUCUCUAUUGGUCUGGGGAGGUUUCCCGGUGAGGGUGGUGUUGUUGCCCCAGGAAUGAGCUGUAAGUACACAGUGCGCUUCGCUCCAGACUCCCUGGGUGAUUAUGAGGACUUCAUCGUGGUAGAGACCCAGGCUGAACACCUGCUGUUGGUUCCCAUCUCCGCCAGACGACCCCCUCCAAUACUCACAUUACCAAGAGUUCUGGACUGUGGUUGUUGUCUGAUUGGAGGAGUAAAGUUUGUGGAGUUCCUGUGCCAAAAUGUUGGCCUCAGCACCGGUACCUUCUGUAUCAUCCCCAAGAACCAGUGGCCAGCCUCGAACUUCAGGUCUGUGGCAAGAACUUACUUCUCUGAGCAGCCACCCUUUGCAGUCAGCCCGUCGCUCUUUGUGCUGCAGCCUGGAGAGGCCACUGUGGUGGAGGUGGUGUUCUUCCCCACCACUGCUGACAAGAGCCGUCAGGUGUUCACUGUUGUGUGUGACAACUGCCAGGUGAAAGACAUUUCUAUUGAAGGUGAGGGCCAGACGAUUGCACUUGAGCUUGUGACUGUAUCUGGGAAGAAGGAGCCUCCAGUGGUGGGAGAGGUGCACGACCUGACUGCGGAGCACUUUGUUCGUUUUAGCCCGUGUAACCCGCAGGCUAAAACAAACAAAAAAAUCAUCAUCAGAAACAAUGUCCACUUGGAGCUGCCUUUCCACUGGAAGAUCAUGAAGCCAAACCUGCACCCUCUGCUUCCAGGGGAAACCCCAGAGCCCUUUCAUAUCCAGUCCCACCUGGCCACAGACGAUGUUUUCCACAUCAGCCCCCCAACAGGGGUUCUGCCCCCCUGCCAGGAACAAGAGUUUCUGUUCACCUUCUGUCCCAAAGAGUUGAAGGAUUACCACAGUGUCUGUCACCUCGUCUUGAGGGAUGUCCCCGAGCUGCCACCUGAGUCCAGUGACAACAGUGUUCUUCACCCUGUGCGCCCUGGCUCCAAGGUGAGCGAUGUCACCGCCAUGGAGAUAGAGGUCAAGGGGUCAACAGAGCCGUACCAGGUUCUACUAGAACCCUACGCUAUUGUUAUUCCAGGAGAAGUUUUUAUUUGCACGGCCACCCGCAGGCAAUUCAAGAUGUGGAACCACAGCAGAACCUGCAUCUUUUUUCAAUGGGAGAGAAUGAACUGCAGCAGCCACAUUAUAGAAGUAGAGCCCUCUGCUGGUACAAUAGAGGAGAAUGAGUGUUUUGACUUUGACCUGAUUUUGACUGGAGGGAAACCAGAGAGGGUUGUGACUGGUUUGGUUUGCCACAUAGAGCACCACACAGAGCCCGUUAUUCUGCCUUUGGAAGUUUCUUUUAAGGGUCCCAUAGUGACUCUCAGUGUGCCCAGUUUGGAGUUUGGGCUCAUUAGGCUCGGGGAGCACACGCAGACUACAGUGCACCUCGCUAACAUCACGCAGCUGGAGGCGUCCUGGACGCUGAUGGAGAAGCAAAGUAGUCAGCAGGACACACAGAUCUUAGUGGAGCCAUGCAGAGGUGUGCUGCCGCCCUUGGCCUCUUGCUCUGUGGAUGUGCUGUUUUAUCCCUGUUUCUGCCAGCGAUAUGAAUCAGAGCUGGAGCUGACAGUGGAGAAAGGAACAGGGUGUCACUUGUCAGUGCGAGCAGAUGUGCAGUCCCCUCAGGUGUGCCUGCUCAGCUGUGAGCUGCUCCUCUCUGAACUCUACGUUGGAGUUCCUGCCAAGGCGACAGUCACUCUCUUCAACCAGACCCUGCUGCCUUCACACUUCAGCUGGCUGGCUGAGCUCCAGGGUAAACAGGCUGAACUGUGUACAGCCAGUUUUGACCCGUCAUCUGGCACUCUGGGACCUAAUGCCAGUUUGGAGAUCACAGUUAACUUUAUAGCUCACACAGAUAUGGAGCUGACUGAGGUGGCUGCUCUCUGUGAGGUUCAGGGGAUGAAAUCUCCUCUAACUGUUGCCAUCAUGGCUUCCAAAACCAAAAAACUCAGUGUGUCCUACUCACUGCCCAGUGUCAGCUCUACCACAGAUAAUGAGAGCCCUUCAACACCGUUACUUGACUUUGGAGAUGACAUCAUUUUGAAGAGACCCGUCACUAAGCAGUUAGUGAUAACCAAUCAAACUGCUAUCCCCGCACCGUUCACCAUAGGGGCGGAGCAUUUCACCUGCCAUGCCUCAGAGCCUAAUAAGAGGUCAGAGAAAAGAUUCACAUAUGUCAAGAAGCCACUUCACUCUGUUCAAGCCAAGAAAGUAGAGGAAAAAGCUCAUGAAGAGUUUGUGAGCAGCCUGUUGGCUCAUGGAAAAGGUGCAGCUUUCUAUGUCCUGCCAGACAGAGGGACGCUGGGACCCUUUGAGACCCAGACUGUGGAUGUCACUGCCUACGCUGACAUGUGGGGGGAAUACAGAGACUACCUCAUAUGCAAAGUUGGGGAACUUGAGCCCACGCUCAUCCCCAUGCAGAUGACAGUGACAGGCUGCCCACUCUACUUCCAAAUGACAGGCCCAUGUCCAGAUGACCAGAACCAGGGACCAGUCAUACAGUUUGGCGCUCAUGUGUCCGGAGGUGACACAGUAUCUCGUUCUCUUCGCAUCAACAAUCCCACCAUGUUUGAUAUUCGCAUGGACUGGGAAACCUAUAACAUAGAGCAGAAUGACCAUCAACUGGUGGAUUUUUUGGUGGCAUACGGAGACGCUUUUCCACUUAAAGAUGCUGAUGGCAACGAGGUGUUGAGUGGAGCGUUCAGGGUGUCUGAUGGGAGCGUUCAAACACCCUGGGAACGAAAUAGGACACCAGACUCUGAUGGAACGAGCUCCUCCCUCCAAAGUGUAACUGGCAGGGAGGAGGUGGAAUACAUAUCCGAGGAUGACUGUGAGGAAGAGGAAACCUGUCUUUAUCCCUGGCCUAUGAAGAAAAAACUCAUCUCUGUCCACAUCAGACCUCAUGUGGGCAAUCUCUCAGAUUACCCAUACUGCAUCACACCCCAGCAAAUAGUGAUUCCAGCUAAGAGCACUGGCACCAUCCAUGUUUCUUUCACCCCUUUGACUCUCUCCGAGUCAGCCUGUGAGUCCAGGUGUGUGGGCCUGGCUUUGGGCUUUAUGAGUCUAGACUCCAAGACGGCUGCCUGUGUCCCAGGUAAAGUUGGAAGAGCUCAGGGUUUAGAUUUGGAGCCUGUCAGAGUGGAUCUACUAGCAGUCGUUAAGCCAGCAGUGCUGUUAGUGCAGAUGGAGGAGGACGAGGGGGUGCUGGAGUUUCACGCCUCCGCUGGUGAUUUACUGAGGGCAGAAACCGGGGAGCUGAGAGUUCAUGAAUUUGACAUCACACGGGCCCUUCGGUUGAGAAACAACUCGGAAAUGACUCUACAGUUCAGACUGGGGACUCAGCCUCCAUUUUUAGUGCUCAAGCCGCAGCCUCGAGCCCGGACCAGCACCUCCAGCAACCCGCCUACUGGUGAGAGCCAGUCUCUGGUGCUGCAACCACAACAAAGCAUGAAGGUGAAGGUGGCCUUUCACUGCUCCCUGUCCCUCCUGGACCAUGCAGACCAGGCAGACGAGGGUGUCUCUCCUGGCGUGACGCUGAUGCAUCGUGCAAAAGGAGAAAGGAAGCUGAAGUUUCAGCAAAACCUCCUGAUUCACUACAGCAACAACAGCCUGCAGACAGUGCCUAUGUGUGCUCAUUUAGACCUCGCUACAAUGCGUCUGUCCCGUGACAGCAUAAACUUUGGGUUCUGCUACGUGGGGCAGACACAGAUAAUAGAAGUGAACCUCUACAGCCACGGAGCCCACACUUACUGGAAAUCAUUUUUAGAGUCAGAUGAAGGAGACUCCCAUUUGUUCAGAGUGACACCAGACUUUGGGCUUCUCAAGUCAAAGGAGCUCAGCAUCACCAGCUGCAGCCAGUGUCUCCAGAUCAGCUUUACUCCCAGUGAGGACAGAGAGUUCAGGGCUGUUGUGGUGAUCCAGUCUCCUCUGGUGAAACCGUCCCUCACUCUGCGGCUCCAGGGGACAGGAUCCUUUGACGAAGUGUACUGGACCAACUAGAUGUCCUUAUAACAUCACAGUUACCACCUGCUAUUUAACAUGCUCCCCUUAAAUCAUCUUGUUUAUAGGUCCUUUUGUAAAAAUGGAAAUAAAAAUCAAGAAUAA